AUGGCUUCCACUGCUCUCUCAAGCGCCAUCGUCGGAACUUCCUUCAUCCGCCGUCAAACAUCACCGAUCAGCCUCCGUUCCCUCAAACCAGCCAACACUCAAUCCCUCUUCGGUCUCAAAUCAUCCACAACUCGCGGCGGCGUCACGGCCAUGGCCACCUACAAGGUCAAAUUCAUCACUCCAGAAGGAGAGCUAGAGGUUGAGUGCGACGACGACGUCUACGUCCUCGACGCCGCGGAGGAAGCCGGAAUCGAUCUGCCUUACUCUUGCCGUGCCGGUUCUUGCUCCAGCUGCGCCGGUAAAGUUGUCUCUGGAUCUGUUGACCAAUCUGACCAGAGCUUCCUCGACGAUGACCAGAUCGGUGAAGGGUUUGUUCUCACUUGUGCGGCUUAUCCUACUUCUGAUGUCACCAUUGAAACCCACAAAGAAGAAGACAUUGUUUAA